AUGUUCCUCUCGACACUCCUCCUCGUCCUUCCGGUCCUCCCCCUCUCUCUGGGGUUCGCGGACCCCGAGCUGCACGCUCGGUCCAGAAGUAGGGCGCAUGCGCACAGGGGGAUGCUGGAGAAGCGGCAAGGGUUUGGAGGGAGGGCAACGUUCUAUGAUGUUGGAUUGGGCGCUUGUGGGGGAUACAACGUCGCAUCAGACUUCAUCGUCGCUCUCAACUCUCCUCAAUUCGGCGGUGGAUACCCAGGACCCAACUGCGGUCGGGCGAUAACCAUCUCUUACGGCGGCAAAACCGCCAACGCUGUAGUGCGGGAUCAAUGCCCUGGUUGUGGUUACGGUGAUCUCGAUUUCAGCCGAGGACUCUUCAACUACUUUGCUUCUGAAGACGUCGGGACGUUCCAAAUGUCAUGGUCAUGGUCCGACUCGCCCGCUCCUGCGCCCGCACCAUCCACGACCGAGAAGCCCACUCCUACCUCUACCUACACCCCACCACCUACGUCGACCUACACACCCCCUUCUUCCACAUCUACCACACCCGCCUACACUCCCAGCUCAACAUCCACCUACUCGCCUCCUCCCUCAUCCUCCUCUUCCGCCGCGCCCUCCUCCUCAUCUUCCUCUGCCGCUGCCUCGUCUGCAUCGUCCUCGGCGAGCGCGUCCAGGAUCUCCCAGUCGGCGUUGGACGACGUCGUCUCCACAGCGACGGGCCCGGCCGGCCCUGCCCAGACUGGAGUGAUUGCAAAUGCUGGCGUGCUUGUGCUGCUCAAUCAGGCAGUAGCGAACCUCGGUCGGGUCGUCGUCGUCGGCGCUCAGGCUUAG